GCCCCAUCCCGGCCAUGGCGGCGGCGUUCCGGGCGCUGCGGGUUCUCCUGGGGCUCUUCUUCCUUCUCGCGGGCGCCGUGAAGCUCUCGGAGCGGCUCUCGGCCGACGCGCACCGCCAGAUGGAGCAGUUCGUGCGCUUCGCGGAGGUGUUUCCCCUGAGGGACUUCGGCUUCGCCCCCUCUCCCGGCCCGUACCUGACGGCCGUCGGUGCGGUGGAGGCGGCGGCCGGGCUGCUCCUCGCCUUCGGGCCGCAGCUGCUGCAGGAGAUCAGCAACUUCGUGCUCAGCGUCGUCAUGAUCGGUGCCAUCUACACGCUGCUGGCGCUGCGGGAGCCGUUGGCCAUGUGUGCCCCCGCCACGCUGUGCCUCGGGCUGCUGCUGCUGCUCAACGUCCGCGGGCACGCAGCCCCCACCAAGGCCAAGGCGGAGUGAGCCGGGACGGAGGGAGGACGGCAGCGCUGGCGGAAGGCUGCGGCCGUUUGGUGCCGUCGGGGUGGUUUUAGCAGUGGCACCGUUUGCUGUGAAGCAACGCGAUGCUGCUGUGUGGUGUCCCGGCUGUGGGGCGGGUGGUGACCGUGGCACUGCCAUCACUGCGGUGCCGGCCUGGCGCUGGGCUGGGGAUGGCUCCUGGGGGGGGGGGGGGGUUUGGAAUAAAGCCUCUGUGUUUUU